AUGGAUCACGAACACACCUUGGUCAGCACCUGUGAUCUGGGCCAUUCCCAGUUCGCUACUUCAUGGCCAGCACAGCCGACUGGCGACCCGGUUCCCACCCCCGAGCGGCCGCUUCUUGGGCCUGAGCAGAAAUUCAUGAUGCAGGCUCUGGCGGAAGGAGAGUCAAGCUUUUAUGUCUGUCUCGGCCUGCUGCAAGUGCUCGACAUGAUCCAGAAGAACGCCAUUAUUCCGAUGAACAGUAAGGUCCAGUCGUUCGAGCAAGAUUUCAAGUCCGGCAGCCACGAGUACACCAUGCUUCUCCAUGCCAUACCCACCGGGCUGCGCAACUCGUUGAUUCAGGGUACGCUGGCCUACGACUACGUCAAGGGCAAAGAGGUGCAUGGCAAGGAGCUUUAG